AUCGUGCUGCUACUUGGGUGCUGCUAUUUGUGGCAGACUCCAGCACGUAUGCAGCCCGCAGCUCGUCGGGGCCAACCGUUCCAGCUGCCCGGGCUCUGACACCUGCAAACACCUGGCAAAAACUGCAGAUACGGGUGCCCGCUCCCCGAUUCAAGACGCAGCAGCCGGGAUGCGCGUCAAGCCGUCGGUCCCCCCGCCGUGAGAGCGGCAGCAUCUUCCGCCGCCUGCAAUGGCGCUGUAGCCGCUCCGAGUGUGCUCACAACGGUUCCGUAGUGGACAUUCCGGCCGGGACUGUGUUGGCUUGGAAAGAUUGUGCUGCGACAGCGUUGUGCACGCUCCACUAGGCGUGCAUCGAACCGUGACUGUGUGAGCAGUUCCUGAAAGGAUUGGACCUAAGGCUCGAUGGGAGCAGACCUGGCAGCACCGCAGAAGGUCACUCUGAUGAGGCCGCACUGAAAUCCGAGACAUCAUCAUGCUGAAGACGGAGGCCACGGCAGAGAGGACCGGUCUGCGGAGUGCCUCCCCUCACCGCAAUGCCUACCGGGCUGAGUUUCAGGCUCUCAAGAAGGCUUUCGACCAGCCUCAAAGCGAUGGACCCUCCAAGCCUAAAGACUUAGAACGGGUGAAACAACCUAGGGGCCGCCAGUAUGGCACACAUGUCAGCCGCAUCAAGGACAUGUUCAUGCAGAUGGGCUCGGAGAACGGGACCGGCAAGACACCGGCUCAGGAUGAGUCCUCCCCCCAGAAGCUGGUCAAGCCCACAAACUUCAUUAACAAGACUGAUGGAUCGGUGAUAAAACUCCAGCAUUCCUCAUCUGCUGAAAGGGUCGGAGGUGCUGGAGCCAAGUUCUCUGAAACCAGGAAGUUGUUUGAACAGCAGUCACGUGACCAGUCCCAAUCGCCAGUCUACCCCUCCGGACGUGAUAAAAGGGGUUCCCAUGAGCACCUUGACGAUUGGCGGGGGGCCAGGUCCAACAGAGGCAGCACAGACUCCCUGGACUCCCUGUGCUCCAGAACGGAGGCUUCAUCGCCGACUGUUAGCCAACUGAGUGCUGUUUUUGAAAACGCCGAGCAACAAAACCAGAGUAUGCCCUUCAGAGGAGCGAGCCGACGGGCCUUGUACUCACCGGACGGGUUCCAUCGCCAAGGGGAACUGAGCGAGGAUGACGCCCGACAAUCGCCUAUAUGUGGAACUUACCGCAACAGGUUCGGAGAGAAGUUUCCUACGUCGUCGUCAUCCGACGACCUGCUGAGCCCAAGUCCUGGGAUAGAGAAUGCCGAGUGGAAACGGGUCUUCCGACACACGGAAGAUAAAGCCGCUGAGAGGCAACCUUCAGGUGCCACCACAAAUGGAAGCCAGGUUAAUGGCUCCUGUGAGGAGGAACCCUCAACAGCAAGACAAUACGUGGAAGAUGUCAUCGCAACCCCAAAGCCCACUGGUCUCGAGGAUCUUACCAGAGAAGACCAGUUGACUGAAUCGCUGAAAGAGGAAGGGGCGGAACCUGACCAGGACUACAGCGGGAACGAACGCGUGAUUUUUAACGCAGACGGGGACGCAUGCUAUCAAGGUUGGGGGGAAAGUUGCACCGACCCCGAGGACGACCUGUAUGGAGAUGAGGAAGAUAUUGUCUACGACCCGGGCUCUGAUACCACCCAGAUUCCUGGUCUACCCGAGGAAAACAAAGAGGAGAUCCCUGCAAAGAGGAAGAUUUGCUUCAGCACUGCUCCCAUUACGGUGUUCAACACCUACUCCAACGAGGAUUACGACCGGCGUAACGAGGAGGUGGAUCCCGUGGCCUCCUCGGCGGAAUACGAGCUGGAAAAGAGGGUGGAAAAGCUGGAGCUUUUCCCAGUGGAGCUGGAAAAAGAUGACGACGGUUUGGGCAUCAGUAUCAUCGGGAUGGGGGUCGGUGCUGAUGCGGGCCUGGAGAAGUUGGGCAUCUUCGUCAAAACGGUCAUUGAGGGUGGAGCUGCUGAGAGGGACGCCAGGAUCAGAGUGAACGACCAGAUAGUGGAGGUGGAUGGCACCAGCCUGGUGGGAGUCACGCAGCGUUUUGCCGCCUCCGUCCUGAGGAACACGUCUGGAGUUGUGAGGUUUGUCAUCGGCCGAGAACGACCGGGCCAGCACAGUGAGGUGGCCACGCUCAUCCAGCAGACCCUGGAGCAGGAACGGCGACAGCGAGAGCUCCUGGAGCAGCAGUACGCUCACUACGAUGCCGAUGACGAUGAGCAGACAGGCGAGUACGCCACAGAUGAGGAGGAGACGGGGCCGACCGCGGCGAGCGGGGAGAAGAACAUUGAGGUCUUCGACUUGCCGGAGACUGACGACGUCUUGUCCCCUUCCGAUUUGGACGCCACCAAACUCUACCAGAAGUUCAAAGAGCUCCAGAUCAAACACACAGUGACUGAGGCUGAGAUUCAGAAGCUGAAAAACAAGCUGGCUUCUGUGGAGAGAGAGAAGCAGCGCUGGGAGAAGGAGAAGAGCCAGCUGAAGGCCAGCAUCGAAGAGAACAAGGAAAGGAUGCUGAAGCUAGAGAGCUACUGGAUCGAGGCGCAGACCCUCUGCCAUACGGUCAACGAACACCUGAAGGAGGCUCAGGCACAGUACCAGACUUUAGAGAAGAAGUACAACAAGGCCAAGAAACUCAUCAAAGACUACCAGCAAAAGGAGGUGGAGUUUGUCCAGAAGGAGGACGCGGAGAGGAAGCGACUGGAAGAAGCGGAAAGAGCUCACCUGGCUGAGAUCCAGGGACUGCAAGUCAGGAUUGCGACAUUGGAGGCGGAGCUAAUGCAGCUGAUGAAGCAGAACAACAUCCAGGUCAACAACAACAACAGCAACGGCGCCGAAAGGCAUUGUGCUCUUCCGCACAGCCCCGCUAAAGCUGCAGCUCAAGCCCCAGACGUGAGAGAGGGUUCCCCCAGCAGAGUGAAGAGCUGCAGAGGAGACAGUAUGAGCUCCACAGAGGGAGAGGUUUUAGAGAGGUGCAGCAGUCCAGCAUACAGUCGCUUUGGUUCAAUUACGAGUGUUGUUGAUGGCUUCCCCAGACGACUCAACGAGGUAGCUUCUCUUGCAACAUCAAGCCCCUCUCGACGCAUGGAGGAGCAGAAACCUGCCCCCCCCAGGUCUGGUUGCACACGGACGUCAGCAGAGGACAGCCCAAAUAAAUUCAAGGAAGCCGGCCUGAGUGAGGAUGUGAGUGGCAGCAGCAGCUCAGUGGAGAUCAGCGGGCUGCUCGGUGAAGCCAAAACUUUGGGACACAACUUGGCGCUCUCUUCGGAUGAGAGUCUGGAUAUGAUUGAGGAUGAGGUCCUGGAUGAAAGCCGGCUUUCCAAGCAGGACCAGUGGCAGAACCGCAGCGUGGCAGAGUGGACCCUUCAGCAAGUGUCCCGCUGGCUGGUGGGUCUUAACUUAGAACAACAUAUCCCAGAAUUCACUGCCAAAAACAUAGACGGAGAACAGCUACUACAACUAGAGAGCGCCGAUCUCAAGGUCCUCGGAGUCACUUCUUCCCAGGACCGUACCUUGAUCAAAAAAGAGAUUAAGGACCUUAAGGUUCUGACGGAGAAGGCCAAGAGGAGCCGUGAGAAAGUGGAGAAGCACCGUGAGAAACUCCGAAAGAGGGAGCUGGAGCUGCAGCAGAAAGAAGGGCGAUAAGUGGAGCCUCUCCGCAUACUAAAGACAAAAGGCUCCACAAUUGAACCCUGUGGGACGCCCCUACAGGUUUAAACUCCAAAAUAACCAUUGGCAGAUUUGGGGGACAACUUUUUCCACCACCAAGCAAUGUAAACCAAAACUAAAAGUUUGUCUCAUUUGACACCCACUCUUUAUUUCUAGGCAUUUAAAAAACGAAUCUCUUCUAUUUUUUUGAUGUUUGCUGUUGUAAAUUGAUUUUAUUUAUUCAUCUUCAGAGUAGAAACUAGUCAACAUGUGUUGAUCCUGUACCUGCCCUUCCAAAUCCUUUUGAUAUAUCUCCCUGUCCAGUGAUGAUGACUCAUGUGCCAUUUUAAUACAUCCCUAGAAUUUGCCAUGAUUUGACCCGGAUUGCUGGUGCAUCACCCUCAGACUUCAUCCAACCAGACUGGAAAUGCAAAUACUGUCAUUGAACUUGAGCUCCUUGCAGUAUAAAAGUAUCCAACACUUCAAUGAAGGAACAUUUGUAGAUGACCAAAGCUAAUCCCUGAAAAACAUUUCCCGCUGAUGUAUACAGCUUGUAACACGCGUUGACCUCUUUUUGUAUUCUCUUUAAAUAUCCAAAUGCUGCCUUUAGAAAUGCUAGAAAAUUCCUUUUUCAUCACAAGUUCUUUUGGACUACACAUAUUUAGGAAGGCAGCCAUAUAUAUGAUGUAGAUGGUUCUCUUGUGCUCAGGCAUUGUAAUAAAAACAUAGAAUUACAAUCAAUAUGUUGAUGGUCCACUGGAAAGGACAUGCAAUUCAUAUUUUCCCUUCCAGGUCAACAUUGCUCGAUUUCUCUAAACAGGGUUUCCGACUUGAUAUGUACUUAAUUGUGUUUUGAAGCGACGUCCUUAUCAUUCCUUUGAAUCAAUCAGUAGGUUUACAAUAAAUAGCGAGAAGGUGCCGUCACCAAGCUCGAGAUGCUUUGUUUAUUAUGACCUAGGAGUAUCAUGCAAACAGUUUAAUACUGAUGAUUCUGAUGAGACUCCUCCGUGCAAUGACGCAGUUAUGACUGACAUGUUUGUUUAUAUCUGUAUUUCAACUCAAUGAUUUACCAUAACAUUAACGGUUUAACAUUAAAAGGCUGUGGAAAGAGAACAAAGUGUUCCAUUGUGCUUUAACUUGACCUCCAUACGCUGCUCCAAUAAACCCAUCAAAAUGUAUUCUUCCAUAUUGUUUCUGUUCUAGUUGCAUCAGGUGCAUUCAAAUGUUUGUGGGAGACAUGCAACGUGUAUAAACGAGACACUGGUGCUCCUGGCAGGCCAAAACAAGAAAAGUGUUUGAGUCGUGCCCACAAGGGCUUAUUUGGCAUGUGUCCUUCAUAGUUGCCACAAUGUGCUCCCCUUGACUUUUUGCAUUCUGAACAUGUCUGAAAGGGCAGCUAUAAUUAACCUGUAAUCCCCAAUAAAAUGUGCUGUCCCUGA